CGGGUCUGUAACACUACGGAUCAGCCAGAGAUCUUCAAUGGAAAAGGAGAGAAGGUUGAUACUGGGGACGUGCAGGGUUCACUGGCGCGUGGCUACCAUAACAUUGAGGAUGAACUAGUGUUUAAAAGUAACCUGCGCUAUAGGUUUGAUAAGAUGAAGAAAUUUGUUACAGAUCAAGCAAAGUCGACCAAACUGGAGAACAAAAUACAUGCAAUUUGGUAUUGCAUUCCUUUGAAUGAAAGCCAUAGGAUGGUCAUGGCUGCUGAAAGGAAGUUCUUUAAUGAGUGUAAUUCAGGACAUGACACCUUAGAUCUUGAUGCAGUGCAGGAGCUUAUGGAAAGGGGAUUAACUGCAAUGAAAGAGGUGCCAGAGGUAGAAAAACAGUUGCAAAAGGGCUGUCUGGAAAAGAUCAAAGGGUGGCUGAAUGAGAUGAAGUUUCCACCUCAAAACUACCUUAUGCUCACUGGUGAGUAA